AGGCCAUUUUUCAUCGCAAAAUAUAGCUUUAAUAUCAUUUUAAUCGAUGCUUAUCGAUAUUGAUGAUACAUCAGCGCUAUGAUGUGCUGAUAUCUGUGGGCGUCACAUUGGUCCAAAUUGGCAUUUAAUACAUAAUAACUGGGCACCUUCUAGUUAUCUAUUAGUGUUAUAAAUUCGUAGUGGCACAAUCAAGAUGAAGCUCGUUCGCUUCCUUAUGAAGCUGGCCAACGAGUCCGUCACUGUUGAGCUGAAGAACGGCACGGUGUUGACUGGUACUGUAAUUGGUGUUGAUAUAUCUAUGAACACUCAUUUGAAAAAUGUGAAGAUUGUGAACAAGGACAGCGGAAGUGGAUCUGAGCCUAAUUACAUUCUGUUAGAUCACUUGACAGUGAGAGGUAACAACAUCAGGUAUUUCAUCCUCUCCGACAGUCUACCUUUGGACACGCUAUUGAUUGAUGAUACUCCUAAGCAAAAACCCAGCAGGGUACGUGCUCCCCUUGUAAGAGGCCGUGGACGCGGGCGAGGCGCGCCGGCAAGGGGCCGCGGCAGGUUUGCCGGUGGGCGCCGGUAACUAUUCACACAAUUC